AUGACGUCAGACGCAGCCUUCCUCCGGCGAAGCUUCAACGGCGCGAUUUUUCAAAAUGGAUCCUCCGAAGGAGGGGAUUUCUCCCCGACCCCCUUAGCGGGGAGGGAGAGACCCGGAGAUCGCCCGCCUUGGCGGGAGACUGAGCAAGGAUAUAGAUGACCAUGAGGUAGCACCAAUCGAGCUACGGAGUGGCGCGGAGGAGCGAGGGGCUCCGUCGCCGCCAUGGCGACCUGUAUUGGCGAGAGGAUUGAGGAUUUCAAGGUGGGAAAUCUGCUGGGUAAAGGCUCCUUUGCUGGAGUCUACAGAGCAGUGUCCCUGAAAACAGGCCUAGAAGUAGCCAUCAAAAUGAUUGACAAAAAGGCUAUGCACAAAGUUGGAAUGGUGCAGAGAGUUCAAAAUGAAGUGAAGAUACAUUGUCAGCUAAAACAUCCUUCUAUACUUGAGCUGUAUAACUACUUUGAAGAUAGCAACUAUGUAUACCUGAUAUUAGAGAUGUGUCAUAAUGGAGAAAUGAGUAGAUACUUAAAGAACAGAAAAAACCCUUUCACUGAAGAACAAGUUCGGGACUUCAUGCGUCAGAUUAUUACAGGGAUGUUAUAUCUUCAUUCCCAUGGAAUAUUGCACCGGGACCUUACACUCUCUAACCUUUUACUCACCAAUAAUCUGAACAUCAAGAUUGCUGACUUUGGACUAGCAACUCAACUGAGAAUGCCUCAUGAAAAGCAUUACACAAUGUGUGGGACUCCUAAUUACAUUUCUCCAGAAAUAGCCACAAGAAGUGCCCAUGGACUCGAGUCUGAUGUGUGGUCUUUGGGAUGUAUGUUCUUUACUCUUCUGGCUGGAAAGCCACCUUUUGAUACCGAUACAGUAAAAAAUACCCUGAACAAAGUGAUGCUGGCAGAUUAUGAAACACCUGCAUUUUUGUCAGGAGAAGCUCAAGACCUUAUUCAUCAGUUACUUCGGAAAAACCCAGCAGAUCGUUUAAGUCUUUCUUCUGUAUUGGAUCACCCUUUUAUGUCCAAGUGUAGCUCAGCAAGAAGUAAAGAUUUGGGAACUGUAGAGGACUCAAUGGACAGUGGAAAUGCCACUAUAUCUACAGCUUUUACCACCUCUUCCAAUGUUAGUACUAGUGGCUACUUAAAGGAAAAGAAAAGACUUUUAGUGGGCCAGCCACUCCCCAACAAAAUGACCUUAAUUCCUAAGAAUAAGAAUGACAGUGAAGUCUCAUCUGGGAGUGGAAGCAGUUUGUAUAACAGCUGGGGACUACCAUCAAAAGAAACCAACAGUACUGGUAGGGGAAGGGCAAUGCAGCUGAUUGAAGAAAGACCACAUUCACGUUAUCUCAGGAGAGCACACUCUACUGAAAGAUCAGACACAUCCCACAGUCAGAGUCAAGGAACAUCAACUAAUAUGGAGAGAUGUCAUUCCAUAGAAGUUCUCUCAAAACCCAGAGGAGGACUGAUAGAAACCAUGAAGGACUUUUCACCUGCAAACAACCAUGGUGAUAUUCCUACUGUGUACAAGGAAAAGCUUCCCAGUAGUUCAGGCUCAAUGGAAAAAAACACUUCUCCAGCUGUUACAGAUCAAAUCUAUUCCAAUUAUCUCUGUCCAGUGAAGCCCAGUGCUGGUUUAUUAGAACCAAUGUCUCAAGCGGAAACAAUGCAGCAGUGGCUUGGAAAUAUGCAAUUAGAUGCUCGGGUACAGGAGCCUUCAUGUCAUGGCAGAAUUAGGAAUGCAAAUGGAGACUUCCCAUUCCAUGUCAAUGUGCCUCAAGAUACACUGAAAAAUGCGUGGAAUGGCUUAAAAGGCAAAAGUUCUCCUGACUGUGCACAGUCGACAGCACCAGCUCUGGAGCCUCUGGCUACGAGGAAAUACAUCACUGGACCUCUGUACAAAGCUGAAAAGACUGUGCCAGCAUCUGCAUUUGAUCUCUGUGCAGUUUCUGAAAACAGAAAAAUCAGGGGCAAAGAGCCACAAUAUGGACAGCCAAAACCUGUGCUGCGCAGUGUUGUCUCUCCUCUGACCGCUCAUAGACUAAAACCGAUUAGACAGAAAACAAAAAAUGCAGUGGUAAGUAUUCUAGAUACAGGAGAAGUGUGUAUGGAAUUUCUAAAAGAAUGCCAUUCCCAAGAGCUUGUAAAAGAAGUUCUAAGGAUAUCUUGUGAUGGAAGUGGGGUCACAGUUUACCAUCCCAAUGAAGGAAGAGGCUUCCCUCUUAAGGAAAAACCACCACCACCUCCUGAAGAUUUAAAUGUGUACAGUUUUGACAAUUUACCAGAGAAGUACUGGAAAAAGUAUCUGUAUGCUGCCAAAUUUGUGAAGUUGGUAAGAUCCAAAACUCCCAAAGUCACUUUCUAUACAAGAUAUGCCAAGUGCAUGUUGAUGGAAAACUCUUCUCCUGCAGAUGUGGAAAUUUGUUUUUAUGAUGGGGCAAAAAUUCACAAGACAGCAGGCAUAAUUCGAGUAAUAGAAAAGUCUGGGAAAGCUUACACUCUGAAAGAAGAAAAUGAAACUGGAUUCAAGGACAUUCAAGUAUAUGUGGAUCAUGCAAAUGAGGGGCAUCGUAUUUGCCUUGCGUUGGAAUCUGCUAUUUUGGCAGAAGAAAAAAGUGAAAGUGUUCCAUUCUUCCCCAUUAUUGUUGGGAGGAAACCAGGAAACCCAGAGUCUCCAAAGGCUCCAAGCGGAAGCCCUUCUUUGGAGGAUAUAGCCUCAGCGAAGAGCAAUACUGCUGCAAGAUGCAUAUCUCCAAGUCAAGCACCUGAUAUUAAUUCAUCUGUAAGUAAACAGAUGUUGUCAUAUGAAGGAUCCGCUUUCACGGCAGCUUUGACUGAAUCCAAGAGUUCCUCUGGUCACCAAAAUGAAUGUGUUACAAACCCAGCUCAACUGCUGAAGUCUGUUUUUGUAAAGAAUGUUGGCUGGGCCUCUCAGCUGACUAGUGGAGCAGUAUGGGUUCAGUUUAAUGAUGGAUCCCAGUUGGUAGCUCAAGCUGGUGUUUCAUCAAUCACAUAUACAUCUCCAGAUGGUUGCACAGUCAGAUAUGGAGAAAAUGAGAAGUUACCAGAGCACAUCAAAGAGAAGUUGCACUGUUUAUCUUCCAUUCUGGUAAUGUUCACCAAUCCAGUUGGUCCCCACUGAUGUGGCUAUGACACUAUUAAUAAAUAGUGUGGGUAAUGAAGAGAAAUGGCUACUUUACUCAUUGAAGCAGAGCUCCCUACAUUCACACCUUCCUUCCUAUUUGGAGUUUACAGUGAUGAAGAAUUCUGCUUAGCUAAAGUUGUUCAUAAUAGCGUGAUCAAUGGUGCCAAAACUGCUUGUCAUAUAAUUGAUUCCAGUAACUAUCUGUGUCAACCAGUUUUCCAGGUUGCUUCUCAUAAAAGGAGUGUGAACUGUACAUGUUGUCCACUGUUCUGUGAACUCUGGCACUGGGAAGAGUGCAUAUCUGCUGUUGCAGUAUUUGUGUCUGUGCCUGUAAAUAUUUUAUGUUGCUUUCGGCUAAUAUGUAAAGUGUGUAUUGUUUUAUUUUAUAUUUUUGUAACUUUUCUAAUGAAAUAUCCCUGCAAACACUUCAAAAAAUAAAUGCAGUGGAAACUCUUCA